AGAACAAUGAAAAGCAAAGGAAAGGGAUGGUGAAGAAGAAAAGAGACCAUUCAUGUUAGUUGGUAGUUCAGUCGUCCACUCUUGAGACUUGAGUGGACGAGUAAAAGAGGGGUCUUAGUAGCAGAUAACAAGAAGAGCAUUUCAUGGAUUUGAAACAACAGAAAUUGAAGGAAUUCUGGGACAAAUGGGAACUCGAAAUCUCAAUUCUGUUAAGCUUGUUUCUACAGAUCAUCCUCAUUCUCACUGCAAAUCUUAGAAAACGAAGGUCCACCAAAUGGGUAGCUUUUGUUCUGUGGAUGGCUUAUCUAGCUGCAGAUUGGGUGGCCACUUUCUCCCUAGGCAUCAUCUCAAGCACUCUCAAUAACCCAGGUCAACACUGGUAUGAUUUCAACAUGCUCGCUUUCUGGACACCUUUCCUUCUUCUUCACUUAGGUGGCCCUGAUACCAUCACAGCUUUCUCCUUGGAAGACAGUCAGCUCUGGUUGCGCCAUCUUCUUAGCUUGAUUUUUCAAUUUAUAGCUGUUAGCUACAUCUUCUUCAGAUCACUAAAGCCGCAGAACAAGCUCUUUGUCCCUACAAUUUUUGUGCUUACUGCAGGUGUUCUCAAGUAUGGAGAAAGAACUUGGUCACUGAAGCAGGCUAGCAUGGGUGGUCUCAGAAUCUCUUUGAUCAAGAAACGAGACGCAGGGCCUGAUUACGCUGCGGUCAUGGAGGAUUUCUCAUCUGAUCUCAGGGCAGGCAACCCAGGAAUGCUAACUGUCCGAAGGGAGAACCAGAAGAAACCUGAGUACUUCAAAUUCAUGGAAGAGGGCUUAUCGAAUAAUUCCAUUUCCAUUGACCGAAAAGAUCAACAGAAACUCCUAUAUGGAGCAUUUCUCUUCUUUGAAACCUUCAAACGCCUCUUUGUUGAUCUGAUACUCACCUUUCAAGAUCGCAAAUAUAGUGUAGACAUCUUCGAUUGGACUGUUGUUUCAUUACGAAAGGCGAAAUGGUCCCCUGAAUGGCUUGAGAGAGGAGUCUUCAAAAUCAUUUCGACAUUUCGUUAUUGCAGCAAAUUUCGAUGGUCUAAUCAAAUGGGUCAAUACAGUUUGUUGAGCUAUAUAGUUCAUCAGCCUAAGCAUUUGAAAUUAGGAAAAACUCUGGAUUUGUUGGGGCUGAAGGAGAUGUGGGAUGAGUAUUGGUACAUCAAGUACAAAAAGGUAAGGGACGAUUUGAAGAAUCAUAUCUUUGAACAUCUAAAGAGAAAAUCGAAAGAUGAACAGGACAAGCGUCUCAACACCCGUGAAGGCCAAUGGGAAAUGAAGCUUCCCAAGGACUGUUUGCCCCAAUGGAUUACUACCGAAACUGAAUUCGAUGAGAGCCUUGUUAUGUGGCAUCUAGCCACAGAAAUUUGCUAUAAGUUGCAGAAAAAUAAGGUGUAUUCAUCAGCAAAAGAAGAAGAUUUCUCAAAGGAAAACAAAACAUGGUUUUGUGAUUUCUUCAGAAAGAAAAAGAAGGAAAAACAAGAGUUUCCUAAGCAUUGUUUAGCAAGUAAAGAUAUAUCACGGUAUUUGCUUUAUCUUCUUCUUUCAAGACCCACUACAAUGUCUUCCAUAGCUGGGUUAGCUGUUAUACGACAUGGAGAUACUUGCGAAGAGGCACAAAAUUUCUUCUUCAGAGAACGAAUGGCCAAAGAUAAGUUUAUGUCUGGCUGUGCUAUUGAUAAGUCUGAGGCGAUCAAAUCGCUAAUGAUCGUGCAUACCUAUGUUCGAGCUCAAGAAGUUAAGGGAGACCAAAGCAAGUCCAUAUUGUGGGAUGCAGUUGAACUAGCUAGAAAAUUGCAGGAGCUGGAUGAAGCUAAAAGGUGGGAGAUUGCAAAUACUGUGUGGAUUGAGAUGCUCUGUUAUGCUGCUCGUCACUGCAGAGGAAACUACCAUGCUCAGACUCUAGCUGCUGGAGGGGAGCUUCUCACUUUUGUGUGGCUUAUGGAGGCACAUUUUGGGAUGGGUGGACAUUACCAAAUCAAAUCUGGUGAGUUCUCAACCAGCUACACUGCAGAAAAUUAACCAGUAUUCUUCCCCAAUCAACCUAUGUAUAAUAUUUCAGCAACCCAGAAAUUAUUCUUGUUCUUAGAAGUGAUAGAUGGUUGUGCCAUUUUUUAUGACCUUUUUUUCCAUUGUUAGAACUCUGAGGUGUUAUCCAUGGAUUAAAUUCAGUUGCAAAGAAAGCCAUCACAUGGAAAUUGUGAUA